UUCAACGGCCUCGACGGCGUGGGCCGCUACUUCGACCUGCUAGCCAGCCUGGUGACCUUCGAGGACAUGCGGUUCGACCGCGAGGACGAGUGGGUGGUCGACCAGCAGACGCUGGCGGUGUGCGUGCGCGGCCGCGCGCGCUUCAUCUGGAAGGCCACGGGCGAGACCUGGGACGAGGCCUUCUGUUACCGGCUGGGCAUCGCCGAGGAGGUCAGCCAGUCGUCCGAGCACAGCGGCCAGUUCAAGGUCCAGGAGUACCGCGUCUGGUCCGAUACGGGUGCUGCUUACCUCGCCAGCCGCGGCCAGUUGAGGCAGCUUGAGCUUGCUGUCGAUCAGAAGGAGAACCAGACGAAAAAGGUCCCUGCUGCUGCCAAGGAGGCCGAUCCUUCUUCUUCAUACCCGCCGAGGGAUGCCUUGGGGUCGGGCAUGAAUGUGUAUGGGAAUUGUGGAUGA